AUGCUGUCUCAUACAUUACCUGUUACAAUUUCCACAAUGAUUCGGCUGAUCCGUUUGUUAGAAUUCCACGAAUCCGCUGUCUGUGACAACAGAUCAGGUGAGGCAUCAGGUUGUUGCUCGGAACAUGACUCGCAGAUUCAUCGCUGUUUCCCUGAAAUUAGAUAUCUAUCUAACGAUGCAAACUUGCUAGACAUUUAUCAUUGGUUCUGUCUCAGUCCUUGUUUUUAUCGAUCAUUCUUUUUUACUAUACAUGUAAAUAUCUGUCUGUUCAAAAAUAUUUUUAUCGCAGCUAUCUCAGCCUUCCAUAUCUAUCUAUCUAUCUAUCUAUCUAUCUAUUUCUAUUUAUGUUCAUAUCUAUAUCUAUCUAUCUUUCUGUCUCUCUCUAUUUCCUUGUUUUUUUUUCUCUCUCUCAAAUAUUUAUGUUCAUUUCUAGUUAUUUUAUCUUAUAUUUUUCUCAUCAUAUUCUCUUCUCUCUCAUCUCUCUUUGGUUUUUCUCUCUAUCUAUCGCUUUUUUCUUUCUCUUUAUCUCUUCUCUCUGUAUCGCAUCUUUCUCUAUUUCUUCCUCUCUUUCUUUUUUCUUUGUAUCCUUUUCUCCCUAUCGUCGACUGUCUAUCUCCCGGCGCCAAUUGUGACGUUUCUUCUGAUUUGCUUUCUUUCUCUCUAUUUCUCCUCUCUCUCUCUCUCACUUUCUAG